ACCUAAAGCCGCUGAACCUUUGGAGUUUGAUAUGAUGAUUAGAGCAUAACCAGAGUGACACGUUGAAUUCGCCAUAAUCAAGGAAACCUUUUCCGGGUGGGGAUCCCUGAAAUCACUCAGGUGACUUAAUACCAUGUUGAGCUGUGGUACAGAUUUUCUCAAUAAUGUCAAAGUGAACCUAUAUGUGAUCAAAAGUCCUUUCUGAUGUCAAAAUAUCUUUAAUCAUCUUUACUAAUAAUUAACCCAAACUAAAGUGAGCAACCCUAAUUAACCUGAUUUUUUGCUGAUAAUCACUCUCAAUGGAAUCAAAUCACAAAUCCGGGGAUGGAUUGAGCGGCACCCAGAAGGAAGCAGCCCUCCGCGCACUGGUCCAGCGCACAGGAUAUAGCUUGGUCCAGGAAAACGGACAAAGAAAAUAUGGUGGUCCCCCACCUGGCUGGGAUGCUGCACCCCCAGAAAGGGGCUGUGAGAUUUUUAUUGGAAAACUUCCCCGAGACCUUUUCGAAGAUGAACUUAUACCAUUAUGUGAAAAAAUUGGUAAAAUUUAUGAAAUGAGAAUGAUGAUGGAUUUUAAUGGCAACAAUAGAGGAUAUGCGUUUGUAACUUUCUCAAAUAAACAGGAAGCCAAGAAUGCAAUCAAGCAACUUAAUAAUUAUGAAAUUAGAAAUGGGCGUCUCUUAGGGGUUUGUGCCAGCGUGGACAACUGCCGAUUGUUUGUUGGAGGGAUCCCGAAAACCAAAAAGAGAGAAGAAAUCUUAUCAGAAAUGAAAAAGGUCACGGAAGGAGUUGUGGAUGUCAUCGUCUACCCCAGUGCGGCAGAUAAAACCAAAAACCGGGGUUUUGCCUUUGUGGAGUACGAGAGUCAUCGGGCAGCUGCCAUGGCCCGGAGGAAGCUUCUACCAGGAAGAAUUCAGUUAUGGGGACAUCCUAUUGCAGUAGACUGGGCAGAACCAGAAGUGGAAGUUGAUGAAGAUACAAUGUCUUCAGUGAAAAUACUGUAUGUAAGAAACCUCAUGCUGUCUACCUCUGAAGAGAUGAUUGAGAAGGAAUUCAACAAUAUUAAACCAGGUGCUGUGGAGAGGGUGAAGAAAAUCCGAGACUAUGCUUUCGUGCACUUCACUAACCGAGAAGAUGCAGUGGAGGCGAUGAAAGCUUUAAAUGGGAAGGUGCUGGAUGGUUCCCCCAUCGAGGUGACCUUAGCCAAACCAGUGGACAAGGACAGUUAUGUUAGGUACACCCGAGGGACAGGUGGAAGAGGCACCAUGUUGCAAGGAGAGUACACCUACUCUUUGGGCCAUGUUUAUGAUCCCACCACAGCCUACCUUGGAGCUCCUGUCUUCUAUGCCCCCCAAGCCUACACAGCAAUCCCCAGCCUUCAUUUCCCAACCACCAAAGGACAUCUUGGCAACAGGGCCAUCAUCCGAGCCCCUUCUGUUAGAGAAAUUUACAUGAAUGUACCUGUAGGGGCUGCGGGAGUGAGAGGACUGGGCGGCCGCGGCUACUUGGCUUACACAGGCCUGGGCCGUGGAUACCAGGUCAAAGGAGACAAGAGAGAAGACAAACUCUAUGAUCUUUUACCUGGGAUGGAGCUCACCCCAAUGAAUCCCGUCACUUUAAAACCCCAAGGAAUUAAACUUGCCCCCCAGAUAUUAGAAGAAAUUUGUCAGAAAAAUAACUGGGGACAACCUGUAUAUCAGCUGCACUCUGCCAUUGGCCAAGAUCAAAGACAACUCUUCUUAUACAAAAUAACUAUUCCUGCUCUGGCCAGCCAGAAUCCUACCAUCCACCCUUUCACACCCCCGAAGCUAAGUGCCUACGUGGAUGAAGCAAAGACCUAUGCAGCGGAGUACACCCUUCAGACCCUGGGCGUCCCCACAGAUGGGGCGGACUCCUCAACCGCAGCCGCGGCUGCAGCUUCUGCUGCCGCGUUUCCAGGUUACGCUGUCCCUAAUCCAACUGCAUCUGUGUCCGCAGCCCAGCUGAAGCAAGCAGUGACCCUGGGACAAGACUUAGCAGCAUAUACAACGUAUGAGGUCUACCCCACUUUUGCAGUGACCACCCGAGGGGAUGGAUAUGGAACCUUCUGAAGAAAUCUUCCUUGUAAUUUAAGAAUAAAACACACAAAACUAAAUCGAGAAGAAAUUAACCUCCAACUCAGUCCCCUACUGAUCACAAGUAAUGCUCUUCCCAAAGUGAUGCUUUGCCUGAGACUGUGCAGCAUAUACUAAUUGUAGAAUCAUGACAUGAGAAUCUUAUUCCUAAUGAAAUCAAAUGGUAAGCCAUUUGUCUAACAGAAAGCUAAAGAGCAAUUGCCCCCAAACGCUGUUCUUCCAAGGUUCCUGAGUGUCUUGGGAGUAUGUUUACAAACCCUGACAGAGGGGAGAAGGAUCUUUUAGCCAGCAAGCAUUCAGGAGCUCAGCAGACCUGGGCAGCCAGUAGCAAUCAAGGAAGCCAAGUAAUUCCAGAAACUUAACCCCUGACUCACAGCUGGCUUUUGUAAUACUCAAAAAUUACAAAAGGCAGAGGGAUGGUAGAAGAUGCUUCUCCAAACACAUUUCCCUUUGCCCACUGCAUGGGGCAUGUUCACAGGCUGGAGCUCGUGAGGGACCGUCCAGGUUACAAUGGAGUCAGCAUCAUUUCGGUCUGAGAUUCUGACCAGUCAGUUUGUCAUAGGUCAGCAUCUUCUCAUUCCCUACAGCCCCCCCCUCCCCGCGCCGAGGAACUGGAAAUUGAUGUGACAUGUUACACCUAUAGUUAUAAGAAACCCAAGCCUCUUGUUUAUUAAACUCAUUAGCCCACACCUCUUUUCCCCUAGAACUCCUACCCUCCCCAAGUAUCCCCGCAACAUAAUAAUCAUGCCAAUUUGAAAUGACUUUUUCUUAUUUUAAACAUUUUUCUUGUCCUUACUGAUUUAUUUUCACCUCAAUCUCAUUUUACUCAUCUCUAAGAUGGUAAGAAAUUAAAUCUACAGAACAUGAUUUAUGAUACUUUCUCCUAUUCAGCAAACUGGCUGAAAAGUCAUUUCAAACAAAGGAAGAAGUGAAGAUUUAUUCUCACUUAGUUGCUGUUUUUGCAGCACCCAGACCACCGUCCAGCAUUCAGAGACAAUUAUAUUAACUUGGGUUCAGCCUGGGACUGUCUAACCCACUUAUACUAAAUCUGCCAGGAAAUCCACUGCCUUCUCUUCCUUUUACUUUCAAUAAGUAUAAGAUAGUUUUACCAUAUCAGAGUCCUUUGGUCGUGAAGUUAUCACAGGAGAAUCUCAUGUCCACACUGAUUAUUUGAGGCAAUUCUUCAGACACUCAGCAAGAGUGUCACUUGUCAAAAUCCCCUAGAGCUUUGGGUCUCUUCUCUAGAGGAUCUGAGGUGAGGUUGCUGCAAAAACUGAGAUGGGGAGGGGUGAAAGGCACCACUUUCUUUUCAUACUUAUAAAUGAUGGCUUUUUGUUCAAAACAGAAAUAAUCAGUUUAAAUCCCAAAUAUCUUUUACCACUCCAGUCUCAUUAGUAGCUUAAGAAAUAUAGUACCAGAUUUCCUUUUUUAAAAACCCCUUGGCUUUUGUAAAAUUCUGCAUACGGAAGGGAAAUCAUAAAUACCAAAGCAGAAAAAAAAAUUAGCUAACUCUUGAAUGGAAUUUUGAUCUAAAAACAGGCCAAAUUCCAAUCAAAAUCAGGCAAAUUCCAACAACAAUUAAAGAGUCCUUGUAACCUUUCAGUUCUGUAACUCCAGUCAGGAUAUCAAAGCCUCAAGGCUACGACUGAAACUCUGAAAGGCCUUGUGCUUUCUGUUUUGCUUUUCAUAUUUCCUAGGACAGUGUUUCUCAGACUUGAUUGCACAUUAGAAACACCCGGAGAGCUUUUCAAACCACCAAUGCCAAGAUGACACUUCGUGACAAUUACAUCAGGAUGUCUUGGGAUCAGAACCUGACAUCAAUUUUUUUUUUUUUUAAAGAUCCUUAGAUGAUUCAAAUGUGCAACUAAGUUUGGGAACUGCUGUAUUCUUUGUUCUUAUGUCCUACCUUAAUAUUUUUUUAUUUCACUUUCAUUAAAUAGAAAAAUGCAAGAAAAAAUUCUCUGUUAUAACAAAUAGCCAGAUCACAUUUUUACAUACAUUCAUCUCAUGGAAAAUAUGAAUGUGAAUACAAUUCCUAUUAGCUUCAAAUUAAUUCUUGGACCAAACAAAUUCUAAAUGUGAAGUGGUAAAAAAAUUCCUCCUUAAGAAAUUCUUAAGUCCUAAAUUUACACUUCCCCAUAGACCUGCUUUCAUACUCAAGGUGAGUCAGUACAGUAAGGGCAGGCAAAUUUCUACUCUGUCCAAAGAAGCCUUCCAAAUCCCAAGAACAAAAGUUUUAAUGUUCUUUAAAAUCUUUGAAAAUAAACAGAAACAUUCACUCUGCAUAUCUAGUAUAUGCAAAACAGAAGGUAUAAUCCAGGGGAGAUUUUAAUCUAAUCAAAAUGAACAGUUAAUACAGGAAUGUUUUUAUGAGAAAAAAUAUUAUUCCAGAUUAAAUCAUAAUCACUUUUUUAAAAGGUCAAGAGCAAAUACAUAAAUAUGCAAUAAUACCAAAAUAUCAAGAAAAUUACCACUGGAAUAUCAUCAUCUCAUUAUUUGCUUGAGGAAAAACACAACUAUUCAUGGCAUUUACUUCCUAAGGACUAAUUUUAUCCAAGUGAGAAGAUAUAGGUUUAUUUAUAUUUGAACUCUUACUUUAUUCUAAUAAAAUCUAGAGAAUCCCAUUUAGAAUAUAAAUCAUAGAAAGUAUCAAUGUGUUUGCCAUACCAUAUGUCUGCAUUUCCUUUGCCAAAAUUAAGUGAUGUAGAGCAAAUUCUACUAUGAUGGGUUUGAAACUUUAAAAAAUUGGGAUUUUUUUUUAAAGCAAGUGUAGAACCAAAGAUUUUUUUUGCAUGAUGUUUCUAUUUUUCAAGGAGUAUAAAAUUUCUUAUAGAAGACGACUCCAUCGUCUUCAGAAAUUAGCACUUAUUUAAUACUUAUUAUGCCUUGUACAACAAUAUCAAUUUUUCUAUUUCUCACAUUAUUGCUUAAUAGAACAAAAUUAAAAUGAGUCAACCCACCAAGUGAUGCUAACAAAAUACCCAAACCAAUAAUUUAGAAACCUCUAUUAGAUUAGAAUUGGGUUUCUAAAUUUGGGUAAUUAAGAGCUUAGUGAGAAUUAAAAUCAGCUCUAUGUUGCUUAGGAAGAAAUGAAAUAGCAGUGAAAUUAGAUAUCAAUUUUCUUGCCUAUAAAAACGCUGCCUCUCCUUAAAUUGCCGUAUCCCUCUCCCACUUCGUUAACAUAGCUAGAAGACCAUCUUUAACUGCCACAAAAUAUAACUUUCCUUGAUGACCAUCCACACCCAUCUACCCCUGUCCAGACCUGGUAUCAUGCCAAACCACACUGUGUUGGGUGACAGCACCCAAAAUGCUGCUAGAAAGCUACCUCAUGUUAAGAAAACAUUUACUUCAAAAAAAUACCUAACAAAUGAGAACAUAUUUCCAAACCAUGUGUCCUUAAAUUCUUAAUGGUGGAUGGAAAUUAAAUUUUAGCUAUGUAUUGAUCAUAGCUAAGCAGAAAACUACUUCUAGUUUUUCUCAAAAGAUUUUUUUUAAAAACUUCCCACCCCAUAGAUUAGCUUUCCAGAAAUAUUACCUCAACAUAGUUUCUAAUUUAUGCUAAUGUUCACUCUAUUUUUAAAUGACUAUUCUGCAGUUCUUUCUUGGGCAAAUGGGUCACAGUGUGAAUCCAUGGUAAAAGGGAAAGUUUCCUUUGCAGAAUAAGGGUCAAUGAAGAAAAUUAGGAUUUUCCCUAAGCUAUCUUUGUAUUCAAAGCUACAAAGUUUGAUAAAAUUAGUUAUUGUGCAACACCAGCACAAUCCUAGAUUUCCCAAAAGUAACUUACAGGUAAAACUGAGCAAGGGGCCCCAAUGUUCACACGAAGCCACAAUCGUGUAUCUCCUAUUUGCAGUCUUAUAGACUUUUCCAGGGAGUAAAAACAUAGCUACAACUAAACCUAGAAACUUGGUAUUUUUUAUAUUUUGUAGAUACACUUUUUACAUAUAGUAGAGACAUCAGUUAAAGACAAAAUUCAGUUUCAAAUAUGACACCACAAGUGAAUGUUGCUCCAAAUAUUUUUAAGAGAAAAUAUGAGUAGCACAAUUUAGGAAUUUUAAUAUACUUAUGGAAAGAGAAACGAGGUGACAAACAUUCCUACCUGACAUGCAAUAGCCAUCUGCUGGGUUUUGCUAAAUUGAUGGUCAGAGCUGAGGUUGAAAUUUCACUUUAUUACUGACAUCUCUAAAAUGAUCUCAGUUUAAUAAGAAUAUAUUCAUAGAAAGUGUAAGUUAUCCACCAGCCUAUAUAUUUGAAUUCACCAACACUAGAACAAAGCAAAGCAAGUCCUGCUGCAAUUAUUGAAACUAUUAGGAAAAUAAUUUUUUUUCUGACCCUCAUAUCCUUUAUCUUUACUCAAUAAAAAAUAGAUACAAGGGCCGUUCCCAUCGUGGCGCAGUGGUUAACGAAUCCGACUAGGAACCAUGAGGUUGCGGGUUCGAUCCCUGCCCUUGCUCAGUGGGUUAAUGAUCCAGUGUUGCCGCGAGCUGUGGUGUAGGUUGCAGACGCGGCUCGGAUCCCACGUUGCUGUGGCUCUGGCGUAGGCUGGUGGCUGCAGCUCCGAUUAGACCCCUAGCCUGGGAACCUCCAUAUGCCGCGGGAGCGGCCCAAGAAAUAGCAAAAAGACAAAAAAAAAAAAAAAAAAAAAAUACACGGGAGUUCCCAUCAUGGCUCAGCGGUUAACGAAACAGACUAGCAUCCAUGAGGAUGCUGGUUCGAUCCCUAGCCUUGCUCAGUGGGUUAAGGAUUCAUCAUUUCUGUGAGCUGUGGUGUCAGUCGCAGACACUGCUCGGAUCCCACAUCUCUGUGACUGUGGUGUAGGCCGGUGGCUACAGCUCUGAUUGGACCCCUAGCCUGGGAACCUCCAUGUGCCACAGUGCAGCCCUAAGGAGACAAAAAGACCCAAAAAAAAAAAUAGAUAUGAAAUAUUCUAUUGCCCCCCAAAUGUCCAACAUUUUAUAAGCCAGCUUCUUACAAUGUUAAUACAGAAUAUAGGAUGUGCAGGUUUCAGAAGGACAGCAAUGCAAACCUUGAACACAGAGACUUAUUCAUAGGAGACAGCAGACUCUAUGCAUCCCCACCUUGUAUGUUAGUUAAUAGUGAAGAGAAAUUCAUAAAUAAUCUAGAAGUAAAAAGUAAUUAGGAAAACAGAAGACUUCAUUCACUCCAAAGUGCCUGGAAUAUGAUAUAGAACACUUCUUCAUCUACCUCUCCUUUGUGGCCUUUUUUUCCAUUUUGAGGGAGAAAUCAAGAAAAAGAAUAUGCCACAUUCUCUCUUCAUAUACGUUACUUUGUCUAAGGGGAGAGGAAAUACCAAGAAACAGCAAUUAAGAGAAAAAAAUCAGCAGCCAAAAGUUGCUUCUUGGAGACUGGGGAGCCCCACCCUGCUCAUGAUUUAACAUCAUGGCUCUGAGGUGACAAUACAUCCUGGUUUGCAAAGACAGCAACAGCUUACAUCUGUUGUCCCACUGUAAAUAUUAACAAUCAACAAUUAAAAUGAACAGUUGUCCCCCUUACUCUCAAACGUGUCUCAUUUUAGAGAACAGAUUAUGUAUUGGCUUUAUCUUGAUGGCUCUUGUUUUUUUGACAUUGUAGACUUGGCUUUAUUCUCUCUAGCCACUCCUUUCUGACUGAGGUAGACACAUGGUGAACACAGAGGAAUGCAUCUUCUCCUCCAUGAGUUCCCUCCAUCCAUUCCCCCUCUAGCUGUCCAUCUAUAGCCCCUCUCUGGUCCUACAUUUCCUCCCACUGCCCCUGGGCUCUGGGUCCUGAGUUCUGCCUUCAUUUUAACAGAGCUCGUAGCCACUGGGCCAGGUUAUACUGAAGAAAAGAUGAAAAAUAGCUCAUGCGGACAUGUGCUGUCAAGAUUCACACACAGAGCAUUAGUAGGGUCUUAGAGCAUUUGCUGAUUUCUUUCUUCCUUGAACCUUUGAUCUACACUUCAAAUCGGAAAAGACUUCCUACGUAAAUCUUCACAUUAAAAGGCACAUUGUCUUUUCCCUUCCUGUAUUUUACAAAUUUGCUCAAACACCAGUUCCCUUGCAUUUAACCAUUAUGGUUGCUCAACUAUUCUUCACCCCAAAUCCUUAUAAAAUCUCCUAUGAAGGCUUUAUUAUUCUUAAUGGAAAAUAACAUUGACAGAUGGUGUCCUUUUUAAUAGAAAUUCCUUUUUCACUCUUCCUUUAUUCACUUUACCAAUAUUGAAAAUUAAACAAGUUUUACAGUCUCUCUUGCUAUUAACCCAAAAAACUAUUCUUCAAAGAAUGUAUGAUCAGUCUGUGUUUACUCUACACCUUCUCUUAUGCCAGAAGCUGUGAAUACAUUUUUUUAACUUCUUUCCUCAAUGGGGUACACAGUCGAGUGAUCCAUUCUGCAUUUUUAAAAACUGAAUAUAAUUGCACAUAUUUAAGUGCAUCAGCUGGUAGGUUUGUCACUUAGUCAGAAUCCCCAAAAUAAAUCAUCUCUGUUCUAAACUUUGUUUCCACUAUUACUGCCAAACACUAAGUAGUCACAGGAAGCCUUUUUAAAGAUGAAUUUAACUCUUGAUGUAUUAUUAUUGCUACUUAAGUAAAAUGAGUUUUCAAAUAUUUUCCCCAGGAGAAAUAUAACAGAUUAGUCAAAUAUUUAAAAAGAAGAAAAAAAUUUUAGAGACUCAGAGGAGCUCUAGCACAUGGAGCUGACAAAUUCACAUCCUGAUUAAUGAUGUUAAUGAACAGGAACCCAUGCUUUUUGUUUACCUAAAAAUAUUUUGGGGAGUUCCCAUCAUAGCUCAGCAGAAACAAAUCUACCUAGCACCUGUGAGGACUCAGAUUCCAUCCCUGGCCUUUCUCGGUUGUCUAAGCAUCCAGCGUUGCCAUGAACUGUGGUAUAGUCACAGACACAGCUUGGAUCCAGUGUUUCUGUGACUGUGGGGUAGGCCAGCAGCUACAGCUCUGAUUUGACCUCUAGCCUGGGAACCUCCAUAUGCCGUGGGUGCAGCCCUAAAAAGACAAAAAAAACAUAUUUUGGUUAUUAACUAUUUCUAUUUUCUAAGCAUACUUGUGUUUAUAACAUUAAAAGUCUGCUUAACAAGCCUUAUCUAUACCUAUAUUUUUGCAAUAAAUGAUUUACAAAGACAUAUAUAUCCUUUUUCAACAGUAAAUUUUAUUUUUUAUAAUAAUUCAUAAGGUGUUUGGGGGCUCACUGGCUGCUGAUAAGUCUAUUUACAUCAAUGUCAUCAUCACUAGUUUAAAUAUGUAAUGUAAUUAAUGGUAUUUUUAUCCCUAUUUCUUCAUGAGUUCUUUUUUUUUUCCUGCUUUUCUGACUGCAGCAUAGCCAGGUAGUGUUAUCUCUAAAUGAAAAGCAUGCUAUCAGCAAAAUGCAUCUCUAGUUUCUAGGUGUUAAACAAGUUCUUGCUUCUUUUCCUUUUUGUUAUUAUUGACAUUAUUUAUGUGGCAUUAGUUAGCUGAGGUACCAAAAGAAACAAAAACAGUAUUAAAGAGUGUGCAUGAAGCACUUAUUUUUGUACUUUGAGUACGAUGAUGUAUAAAACUCUGAUCUAUUUAAAUAUGCUGAGUAAAAUUACAACACUCAUUCACUGAGAAAAUAAUCAUUGGUUUGGAAGAUAUAAUGGGCACUGUAGAAUCAUAAAUCACAUGCAGUGAGAAAUAAUGCAAUAUUGUGAUGACUAGUGUAAUUCCAGGAUGGGAAAAUGAUUUUAAUUGAACUUUCAAGCACCAUUAUAAAGUUGUAAAAAGUA